AUCCCACCGGUAUGUUUACGCUUCUUCUUCAUAAAUUUAGGGUUCUUACUUUCCUCUUGUCCGACCUUGGAGAACCUUGAAAUGGCGUCCUCUUCCUUUACCUCAACCGCAAGGAUAACACCCAGUUUGAGCUAUGAACCACCUGUAUAUUGCUGGUCCGGGUUGAAGUCUCCUAUAUGUGUGGCAAGAGAAAGUGGUAGAAGAUUCUUUGGUUGCCAGAGAUGGAAGGAAGGAGGAUGCAAAUACUUUGCUUGGAAAGAUGAAAAUGGAAUUGAACAAGGACAAAAUCCAGAAUUACUAACUUCAGGAGCUGAAAAAAUGCUAUUUCAAGACCUCAAAUAUAUUGUUUGUGAUAUGAGAAGGGAGUUAACUGGUCGUCGUGUUGAAGUUUCUGAUUUGAAGACAAUUGUGCAAACGCAAAUGGAGGAUAUGAAGAAACUUAUCGAAAUGGAGGAAAGCAAGAAAUUUGAAUUCUUAUGGAAACUUGUAGGACUAGUUGUUAUAGGGGUAUCAAUGAUCAUUUAUGUACCCAAUGAAAAAAAUAGUGUUGUAGUUGUGUGAAAGAUGUUAGUGCAGGUAGAAAUUUGCAUAAUGUCUUUGGCUCGUAAGAACUUAUUUCUUGAUGUAAUAUGUCUGCAAGUUUGUUGGCUUCAUGCCUAAAUUUGGGUUGGUUUUGAACUUGAUGGAAUUUGUAUGGAAGUUUAUUAUGACACCUCUAAGAAUUUUGGUGUGACUGAAUUCAUCAAUCCAAAAGACCAUGACAAA